CUCCGCCCCCUUGGAAAAUUCCCAUGACGUCACUGUAGAUAAUCACGGAAGUGAACAAGGCGACAACCCUAAACACAGACAGAAACCCAAAUAAGUUGGUGUGUACGGUUGACUAAUAUUUACAAGUAGAUCAACAAAAUGCUGGGAGGAGGAUUUAAAGCAGAUAGGUUAAAGGUGAAUCUCCGAUUGGUGAUAAACAGACUCAAACUCCUAGAGAAGAAGAAAACUGAGCUUGCUCAAAAGGCGCGGAAGGAGAUCGCUGAUUACCUGUCAUCAGGAAAGGAUGAGCGUGCACGGAUCCGUGUGGAGCACAUUAUCAGAGAGGACUAUCUGGUGGAAGCCAUGGAGAUCCUGGAACUUUAUUGUGACCUGCUGCUCGCUCGCUUUGGCCUCAUUCAGUCUAUGAAGGAACUUGAUCCAGGUUUACAGGAGGCUGUGUCAACACUAAUCUGGGCAGCACCUCGUCUCCAGGCAGAAGUGUCUGAACUAAAAAUUGUCUCUGAUCAGCUGUGUGCAAAAUAUAGCAAGGAGUAUGGUAAGCUAUGCAGGACCAACCAGAUUGGCACAGUCAAUGAUAGGCUGAUGCACAAACUGAGUGUUGAGGCCCCUCCCAAAAUUUUGGUGGAACGCUACUUAAUAGAGAUAGCCAAGAACUACAAUGUGCCAUAUGAACCUGAUGCCAUGGUCCGGCCUGAGGUGUGUCAAGGAGAGGAAGCAGAUUUGAUUGAUGUGGACAACGAUAAGAAGUUUGGAGGUGGUGGAGGAGGCGGAGGAGGUUUCACUGCUCCUGCUAUGCCUAUGGCCAUGCCAAUGCCCAUGCCCAUGCCAAUGCCUACAGCUUUCAACUAUCCAUCUCCCAAAGGAGCUGAACCUUUUAACGCCCCCGUUGGGAACUACAACAGCUUCCAGCAUCCCAUGGGAGGAGGGCAGCCCCCACAGCUGCCCACUUCUCCCCCCACGUAUGAGUCUAUCGAUGACCUAACUGACAAACAACCUUCUGUUCCUUCCCAGGCCGUAGGUCCUGGCCCUUCAUCCCAGGUGUACGACAACAAUGCUCUCCCAGAGCUCCCCUCUGUUCCCGACACACUCCCCACUUCUUCCUUCGGCGGAAAGACAACCUCCUCAGAUGACAUCGACUUUGACGAUUUAACACGGCGGUUUGAGGAGCUGAAGAAGAAGACCUAAUUGCUAUGUACCUGGUCUUUCUAUACUCACAGACAUGUGUCAUCACCUACACAGCUCAAAACAGGAAAUGGAAAAUGUUCGCGCCUCCCUCAACCACUUUGAAGUAAUUACCUACAUAUUUUUCAAACCCGCAUUCUUACCUCAUUAAGACAAAUAUGACCAUAGUGCUGAAGGUAUGGUGGCCUUGUCAAUUACUUGUUGUCAACGAGUAUCAGUGAGUACCACUACAAUCAUGCAGUUGGCAACUCCUCUCCAUAUUCUCAUUAAAGUUACACAGAUUUUCAACUAUUCUCAUUAGACUGUGUGACAUAUGAUAUAAUCUAACUUAGAUUUUAAUUAAUGCUUUCCUAGGGUUUUGGGUCUGACUAAUAUUGACAGUACAUGCCUUGAUUCUACUUCGCACAUGCUGUCUCGCUGUGAUCUUUGUCACUGUGUCACUCAGUCCUGUCCCAGACCAGUCACACAAGUUCAACUGGUCUUCCUCAUUUUGGUGUUCAGCUGGCAUUUGCACAUACAUAGUGUUCAGAUUGUUUCCAAGGCGGGGUUCCAAUACCCAGUGACUGCCGACGUUAGAGAAUCUGGACAGGAUUAGUUAAUAGUCAUCCAUACAGAAGCCAUCUUAUUAUUUUCUUUGUCACUGUGGAAAUUACAUUUUGAUACACUCCUGCGUACUGAGGUUCUCACACUUAAAGCUGAAAUAUCUGUGUGGAACCCUCCACAAUUGGCUCAUUGUGACACGUCAAACCUUUACUGUUAAUCUGUUACAGGGGAGGUGGGGCACAGAUGUAAAGCGAUAUUCGGUGUAUGUAAACUUGUAAUAUAGUACAUAUACAAUGAUCUACAUAGGCAUAUUUACAUGAUUUAAAUGUACAGUAAAAAUAUUCUGGCAGUUGGAGUUAUUCAAGGUUUGACAAAUCUGUUUUAUACACAAUAUGUCUAAGUAGAGUUUGGUUUGUUUUGCCCUUUUGAAUGUCAGUUUUACCAAAAAUGCGCAUUUUUCUAUUAACAAAUUAAUUUACAAGCAAAUGAGUGUAGAGUAGAAAUACUCAGUAGACAAUGACUUUGGUGUAAAUAAUGACCCCAGAGGUGACUGGUUUUUAUUGUCUUCUGUGUUUCUGCGUGCAUGUCUUCAACUGUCUGUACACCACUGUUUUUGCCUUAGUUUGCAUUUCUCAUGAGAGGCCUUUCCACUUUUUAAUAGGUUCAUGCAUUGUGUAUUUGUUAUCCGUCAGUUAAAUUAGACUUUGUUUUUCUUUACCAUCAACAUAGAAACCUGUUAAGUUGAAAUGGACUCAGAAUUUAAAAACAUAACUUUCAUUACAGCAGACAUUUCCAUUACCUCAGGAGAAACAGGAGUAAAAAGUUCUGUCAUGCAGCUGUGAUACAUGCGUAUUUACAACCUAACCACACCCAGCACUGCUUGCAUAGCAAAUAGAAGGUGGCCUUGACUAAAGAGAUUCAGCAAAGUUGUGGAAAGCAUCUAUUGUAUCCAAAGGCAAGUUGUUAUUAGGUUUUGUGUGGGUUGGAGAAAGAAGAGCUUAUUAACACUACAGAACUGUGAUCUGCUCACUGUCUUUUCUAUGUUGGAUGGUUCUUUCAUGCUAAACCUUCAGACACAAAAUGGUGUCUUAUUGCAAAAAAUACCAUUUUUUCCACUGUAAAAUAAAAUAACAAUUUAAUAAAAUACUAUUUGGAAUGUGAAA